AUGCAUGAUGUUCAUGACAGCCCUGCCUGGCGAGAUUUGACAGGCCUUUUUUCUACUGCUCGCCAUCUGGUCUUUGGGAUAUAUAUUGAUUGGUUUAAUCCUUUUACAAACAAGAUUGCUGGAAAGCAUGCAUCUUGUGGUGCCAUUGUUCUUUAUUGUCUGAAUCUUCCUCCACACUUGCACUAUCUGCCUGAAAACACAUUUAUUGUUGGCCUCACUCCCCCACCAAAUGCACCAGAUAUGAUCACCAUCUCCCACAUUAUUGAACCCCUCAUUGAUUCUGUUCUCAAAUAUGCCACUCCUCCAGGUCAACACCUUCCUACAUUUCGACAUCCUGCUGGUGUUUGGUUUCAGAUAAAAGUUGCACCCCUUAUUUCUGAUAUAGAGGCAAGUCACAAGGCUGGAGGAUUUAUGGCUCAUGCAGCCACACUUUUCUGUUCUUUUUGCCUCUGUACUGCAGACCAGAUUGAAGAGCUCAACCUUCAGUCUUGGCCUUUGCGUCAAUGUGCACAAGUACGAGAUCAGGCUCAAGUAUGGCUGAACACAGCAACAAAAUCUGGUCACAAAGCUCAGGCUCAAUCUACUGGGGUGCGGUGGACUCCUCUCCACCAUCUGCCUUACUGGGAUCCUGUUAAACAUGUUCUUCUUGGGUAUAUGCACAACUGGCAGGAAGGAGUGUUAAAACAUCAACUCCGUGUUCUGUGGGCCAUUGGGCCACAAGAGGGUUCUCAGAAUACUGGUCAGGCAAUUGAUGAGGAGGAACAGUGGACUGAAACAGAUGUAUCUGAGUCUGCAAGUGAGCUUGAUGAGUUACAUCGAGAGGCAGCAGAGGCAGAAGCAGCACCCCUCCACCAAAACCCUUCAUUCUCAUCCCAGCAUUCUGGCCGAUCUUCAAUGCUUUCUGGAACACCAACUCAAGAUGAACCACAUCCCUAUGCAUUUGACAUGCAGGAUGAGCGACCUCCAACAAACCUUGGAGAACCAAGUCAUGGGAAGCUGAAAGCUCAUGAGUACCUCACACUCUUCAGCUGUAUCUUUCCACUUAUAAUUCCAGAGUUCUGGCACUCUGAAACAAUGACAAAUCUUCAGCACCAACAUCUCCAAUCCUUUCACCAUCUUGUUGCAGCCACAAACAUACUAUCAUCCUUCAAGACUUCUAAUGCCAGUGCAGAUGAAUACACUGGUCACUACAUUCAAUAUCGGCAAUCCAUCCAAGCUCUAUUCCCUCAUGUUCACUCAAAGCCAAAUCAUCAUUACGCCAUGCACAAUGGGGCUCUACUAAAAUAUUGGGGUCCUCUACCACCUCUUAGUGAGUUUGCAGGUGAGCGGAUGAAUGGCAUGUUGCAGAAGAUCAAAACAAAUUGGAGGUUUCGAGAUCUUGAUUUAACGAUGCUUCGCCAAAUGAGUCAUAGAGGCUGA